AUGAAGGUUGUGGAUAAUAUAGUCCAAGACAUGGGCUGUGGGGAACAGUGUGAAGUGACUCUUACAUCUGACUACGCCUUCACAGAUUUGGAGAAGAGAUUUUUGAAAAUCGAUGAUGCAUGUUUCCACAAAAUAUUGUUUAACAUAUAUCUCCAAGAUGUCAAAAAGCUUGCAGAGUUUUGGCGAAUGUCUGAAAGUGAAAAAUUUAUUGUUGCUGAUGUGAUGAAAUAUCGUGGUAAUAAACUUCUGAAUACUGGAUUGUUGGUUCGUGCAUUCAAUUGCUACAAAAAAGCUAUUAGAAUCCUAGAGGGAAGCAUCAGUGUGACUGACCAUAACUACACCGACCCAACGAUGCCAGAUUAUCAGUUGUCGAAACCUAGCCCACGUCAGUUAUUAGCUAUUUGCCUAUCGAACGCAGCCCACUGCCUGUAUAAAUUUGGGACAACAUGCACUGUCGAUCCAAAGAAGUCUCAAUUCGAUUACCUUUCUGCAUGCAUCAAAUGCUGUGAGCGAGCAGUCAGUCUUGAACCAAACUAUAUAAAGGCUUGGUUCCGUAUAGCCAAAGUUCAUGCUUUAUUAGGGAACUAUGAAGAAGCGCUUACAACUGGACAAAAGUGUCUUACAUCUAUCGAUAGAAACACAUAUGACUCUAAAUGGAUUAGCGUCGAUGAACGCACAAAAGUGGAUAUCAGCAACAAGCUAAAGAAACUGCUAUCAGAAUGGCGCGCUUCAUUAGAUAGUGAAGAAAAAAUCGAAAGAUCGAUUAUUCGGGACCGAACAAUUAAAAAGUACUCAUCUUAUGGAGAUUGGUGCUAUGAUGAACUGGAUGAAAUAGAAAAAUUGCCUAUUUCAGUAUGGUCGAAUGAUCUAGCAGAGAAUAUGAUGUCUCUUCAUGAAGAGCUUGAAGCGUUUGGAGAGAAAAUGCCUGAAUUUGGGGCUUGCCGAGCAAGAGGUAAAGGUCGAUUAACAACAAUUCACGAUGAAGACACCGAUGAAGACAGUUUCCAAGAAAAUGUGGCUUAA